AUGGUGGCCUUAUCACCUGAGCUUGUUCCUGGUUUGCUUGUCUCACCACUGUUGCUGAAAAACAGUUUCUUGAAAAUACAUGUUUUGAAUGGAUGGAUAUUUCUCAAAAUGAGAGACAAAAGGAAGAUUACUCUUUGGGGAACCAAUUGAAGGAUUCGUGGUUUGUAGACUAGCCUGAACCCAAGAGUAACUCUUCAGAAAUUCUAAAAUCAGAAACUACAGGGCUUAUAACUUUUUCUCUUGACAUAGAAAGCUAAGGAAGACUACUGUUCCUGCUGGGAGCAGAAACAAGGUAACGUGCAGAAAGUAAAACAGAGUAAUAGCCUGUAUGUGCUUGAUGAGUGUCAGACUGCUUCAGGCUGAAGUGGGUGAUGAAAGUGUAUAUACAUAACUCUAGCAACCUCUGAGUGGUUUUUAUCCCAAAGUGCUCACUCAUCAGAGAAACAGGGGUGAGUGAGUAUAUUAGUGUGUGUGUGUUAACGUAGUAAAAGUGGUGACUAUCUCAACAUUGUGAUCAGGCUGCUGACGUCCAAUCCCUAGCUCUAUCUUUUAUUCACUUAAAAUUUCAAAGCCUCCAUGGAGGCUCCUCAUCUGUAACAUGGAAAUGAUGGUGAUUAUAGUACCUCCUCUAAAGAGCUGUUUUGUGGGUUACCUGACAUCAUUCAUGUAAAGGGCUAGCACAGGUUAAAUGUUGUUAUGAUAAACAUCUAUACCCUAUUCAGUGGAGCACAUGUGAUGUUAUGCACAUCUAUAGAAGAGAAACCCCUGCAUCCUUCAGGAUGUGGCAGAAAAAAUUUAGCAGCACACAAAUGCCAGGUGAUCUUGUGUUUCUGAGCACCCUAAGCCUACAUUCUCAUCAGUAUGUUUUUGGAGUCCACCAUUUAAAGACUCUUUCCACUGAGUUUAUUACCAUUUAUGACUCAGACAGGAGUGCAGUCCAUUUCCUAAAGCUUUUGCUUGGGAUAUCAUGAGGCUAGACAAGAAAUGUGUUCUAAUAUAAGACUUUCAAUUUACUGGUGCUUUCUCAAGUAUGACUAAGAAUUCAACCAGUUUGGAGGUAAUCUCCUGGAUUCUCAUUCUUUAACCUAUAAUAUUCAGAUUCGGGAAGGGACCCUUCUGCCACAUUACAGCAACUACAAAGUUAUGGCUUUCCUGGAGGAAAUGUCAGUGGAUAAGGCGAUGUAGCAAUUGUGCCAACCAUGGAAGUGGACAGGGAGUCGACUCUUUUAAGUACUUAAAUAGCAACUUUGAAGACUGUUCAACACUUGUUUUGCUUGCUAGAUGAGAUUGUCCUGCCUUCAAUUCUCCAAGCUAGAUGCACAGUGGAUGGUUGCCUGGGUGACAACCCGUAAACUAAGCAGUCUCUUUGCAGCUAACUGAAGGGUUUGUACACACAGAACCAGCUUUAAUUAUUUUUUUUAAAGUACUUGGAGCUGUGCAACGUUGGAAAAUAAUCAAAGAAACAAAUCUAAAUCUAUGCUGCUUUUAAAUGGAUCUCUUGAUUAAGUGUGGUCUGACAGCUGUUCCAGAAAUGAGUGCCACAGUGAAUAAGGAUGAUGUUGACUGCUAUUUGGCUUGGUGAUCCUUCAGCUGUGUGCCAACUCCCUCGGCAGAACACACAGUAGGCAAUUAUAUGGAACUAGAAAGAUGAAUAAAAAUAAACUGAUUCAUGAUUUCCUGGAAGUGGUUUCAAGAGGGGAUGUGGAACUCAUAUGUGACCAUAUUACUAAAGUGCAUUCUAUCCUUGGAAACCUUGACUUUCAGCAUCCAAAGACUGGGAAUACACCUCUCAUUACUGCAGCAGAAGAAAAUCUAACAGAGGUUGUUGAAUUUCUUCUGAAAAAGGGAGCUGAUAUCACCCUUUGCAAUUACAGCAGUCAGACUGCAGUUCAUGUGGCUAAUUAUGAUGUCCAAAGACAGCUCUUGGUCAUCAAUGGAAUCCAGGCUCCCCAAAGGCAGCUUCUACAAAGCUCCUGGCAAGGUGAUCUUGAACAGCUUCAACACUUGCUGGCAUCUGAGGAGUUCCUGGAUAUAAAUUUCCCAAACCAACAUGGCUUGACCCCUCUAAUGCUGGCUGUGAGGGACGUGGACCUGUUCGAGAGUCUUGAUAUGCUAACCUUCUACAGACCUGUGGAGGUUCUGUCUGAGCUCCUCAGGCAUCGGGCAGAUCCUAAACUCUGUGAUUUUAGUGGAAAAUCAGCAAUACAUUAUGUGUCACAAAUACAGAGUUUUAGAAAACAGCAGUUACUGGACAUUCUCAUGAAUUCUAUGCCAAAACCAGAAAGACAUGCUGAAUCAUUGGUUGACAUCUGUCAUGAUACAAACUCUUCUCCAACUGAUAUGACAGUUACUAAAAACCAAAAUAUCAUCUUGCAAAGCAUCAGCAGCAGUGAGGAGUUUGACCAAGAUGAUGACAGCUCUCAUUCCUUUCUGGUUAGUGAAGAAGGAGAUCCAAGCGGUGAUGGACGAGAUUGGCAACCCAGGACAGAAGGUGUUGAGAUUAUUGUUACUUUUCCAAGAGAUGUCAGUUGUCCCCAAGAAAUGAGUCAAGAAGAUUUACAAGAAAACAAGACAAAGAUGCUGACCACGCAGCCCUUGCUUCUGAAGAAAGAGGAGCAUUCCAAGGAGCUCUGUGAUGAGAACUUGGGCUUUUUGUUGCCAAGACCUUGCUUAGAACCAAAGGUUACCAAGUCUGCAGCUGGAGAAGAUGUUCCUUACUUUCUGAAGGAGCAGCAAAGAAAAUCUGAAGAGUUUUCUUCCUCUGAUGUGAAGAACAGUAGUCGAAGAAUAGAGUUUCUUCUUCCACCAUUGCCACUCUUGCCCAUGAGAUCUGGUCUCCUAACUAUCCCCCCAAAUCACAAAGAUCUAAAAGAGAGAGAAAGGAAUAUUCCAAGCCUCCUUUCCUCUACACCUAAGCUCCUAGAGCCUGUUAGUCGAUGUGAUGAGUUUAGACCAUCAAACAAGCAUCAGGACACCCCGUGGAAAGUGUGUGUGGAUCAAACUCUCCCAUCUUCUGAUAGCUCUAUUUGGUCCAGAAACAUGUACUCUUUUUGGAAGUCUAACCAUCACCGACAACACCCGGAGAUGGGGGAGCAUAGGAAAUCGAAGGAAACAGAAGGAUGUGACAAAUUGGAAAUGUCACACUCUGAAAAGGGGCACUCUUUGGUGUCCUUUGAGAGCUUUAAAGAAGGCGGUUUUCCUACAGUUAGGGAAGUGGAUAUUGACUGCCAUGCUAGUGAGAUGAGAAAAACAGAAGAGAACUCUCAACAUCUUUCAUCAGGGAAAAGAGAGGGUUCAGUGGCCAGAAACUAUGAACAAGAUUCAGAAGUUGGAUGUACCAUGCCAAUCAAAUUCCAAACAGCAUGGCAUUCAGAAAGAACUCCAAGGCAGGAUGAGGAGACUAGACAUGAUAGUGCUGAUUCAAAAAGUGCUUCAGUACAUAAAGGUGAAGCAAUUGAGCCAAAUUAUAUUUUAGAAGAGUAUACUAUACUUAAAAGCUUGUCCAACAUAAUCCCCGAUGACCCCAUUGAAAAGCUCCCAGAAGGUCAGCACAGCACAAAGACAAACAUAAAAAUAUCAGUAACAGAGGCAAACAAGCCAGAAACAAAUGGAAUGGUGCCUCUUAUCCACAUCACUUUCCCUGGAGACAGAAUUCCCAAGGAACAAGCAAUAGCCAAACCAAGCCUCCAAAAAAGAAAUGGUGUCCUGCACAACAACAGUAGCUUCAACAUACUUGCACACCAAGAAAAUGAUAGGCAUAAGGUGAAAAUUCAGAGAAAUAAGUUGGAUUCAAAGACCAAAACCAGCAAUAGGACACCCCAGAAUUUCAUGAUUCCCACUGAUGUUUCUAUUAAAACUACCAUGCAUACAACCAGCCUCAAAACUCAGGUUUUCCCUGCUUUGGGGCUUAUUGAAACCAGACCUCAGCAAUCACCCAAGUUCCAAAGGAAAAUGCCACAAAUAGAAAAGAAGCCAUCAACUUACCGGGCUCUAAAACCUCAACAGCAAUCAUUUCCUUGCAUCUGUAAAAAUCCAGGAAUAAAAAAGUCUUCUGUUCCUCUCUCUGUUCAACCAACAGAGCCAAGACUAAAUUACCUAGAUCUUAAGUAUAGUGACAUGUUCAAAGAAAUCAAUUCAACUGCUAAUGGGCCUGGAAUCUAUGAAAUGUUUGGGACACCUGUUUAUUGUCACAUUCGAGAGGCUGAACGGCAUGAAAACAAAUAUUACCGAGAGAUAUGCUCAGCUCCAUCAGGCAGAUGUAUUGCCAAUAAAUGUCAGUCUUCCCACAGUGAGAGGAGCAGCAAUGGCAGAACAAGACUUUCUCAGAAAAGACCACACGUUAAACCACCAAAGACUUCACUUGCCAUUAAACAAAAGCACAAAACUUUAAUUUCUAAAGAAAAGGGGUGCAAGGCUGUAAGCAGCAACCUACAAGACAUUGAAAAUGGUGAUGGUAUUUCAGAACCAGAGUGGCAGAUAAAGUCUUCAGGAAAUGACUUUCUAUCUUCCGAAGAUGAAGUUCAGCCUAUGAACUUGGCUCAGACUCAUGAACAGUCCUCUGAGCAGAACAAAUUCCUGCCUGUCUCAGAUUUGUCCAUCGUUGAAGAAGUCUCCAUGGAAGAGUCUGCUGAUGAAGGGGACAUUUCCAACAAUCAAAUACUGGCCACAAGCCUCAGAGAUCUGCAUGAACUUGAAGAGCUACAUCACCAGACCCCAUCUGUCCUCUCAGAAAACAGCUGGGCAGUACCCAGUGAGAAGAAUUCCCACAACCCUUUACAGCAGGAAAAGCAGAAUACAGCAUUGUUUGGUAAAAUAAAUGACAACCAAAUUUUAACUAAUGAUGUAGAGUUUGAUAGUGUUUCAGAUAAAUCUAAAACACUUAUGAGAUUCUCUUUCCAAGAGAAACAAUCAAGUGCAUCAUCCCAGGCAUAUCAACAUUGGGUACGUUCUUUGGAUCAUGAUAGUUUAGCUAGUAAUCCAAUUACAUAUCAAAUGUUUGGGAAAACUUUAAAUGACGAAAAUUCAACUUCCCAAGAAACUCUCGACUCUCUAAACAAUGAAGAAUUGACAGAUGAGCUAUUAGGUUGUCUAGCUGCAGAACUACUAGCUCUGGAGGAGAAAGAUAACAACUCUUGCCAAAUAAUGGCAAGUGAAACUGAUCCUGAAAACUCGAAUCUUGUCCUCAGAGGGAACACCAUGCAAGAAUUGGGCCGAGAGACCACAAAUGUCAAAAUACAGAGAUAUAGUAAUGGUUUCAGGAUAUGUGACAAGGAAGAGAAACUUCUCAACUCAAAUGAAAAAAAGACAUUUUCUGAAAAUAGUUUAAAGUAUGAAGAACCUAUCCUGUGGACCAAGGGCGAGGUCCUUGGGAAAGGAGCCUAUGGCACAGUAUAUUGCGGCCUGACUAGCCAAGGGCAGCUAAUAGCUGUGAAACAGGUGGCUUUGGACACCUCUGAUAAGGCGGCCACUGAAAAAGAAUACCGGAAACUGCAGGAGGAAGUAGAUUUGCUCAAAGCACUGAAACAUGUCAACAUUGUGGCCUAUUUGGGGACAUGCUUGGAGGAGAACAUUGUAAGCAUUUUCAUGGAGUUUGUUCCUGGUGGCUCAAUCUCUAGUAUUAUAAACCGUUUUGGGCCAUUGCCUGAGAUGGUGUUCUGUAAAUAUACAAAACAAAUUCUGCAAGGUGUUGCUUAUCUCCAUGAGAACUGUGUGGUGCAUCGAGAUAUCAAAGGAAAUAACGUUAUGCUCAUGCCAACUGGAGUAAUAAAGCUGAUUGAUUUUGGCUGUGCCAAGCGUUUGGCCUGGGCUGGCUUAAAUGGCACCCACAGUGACAUGCUUAAGUCCAUGCAUGGGACUCCAUAUUGGAUGGCCCCAGAAGUCAUCAACGAGUCUGGCUAUGGAAGGAAGUCGGACAUCUGGAGCAUUGGCUGUACUGUGUUUGAGAUGGCCACGGGGAAGCCUCCGCUGGCUUCCAUGGACAGGAUGGCAGCCAUGUUUUACAUUGGAGCACACCGAGGGCUGAUGCCUCCUCUACCAGAACACUUCUCAGAAAAUGCAGCAGACUUCGUGCGUAUGUGCCUAACCAGGGACCAGCAUCAACGACCUUCUGCUGUUCAGCUCCUGAAGCAUUCCUUCUUGAAGAGAAGCCACUGAAUAUACAUCGACUUCUUUCCAGUUCCAUUAGAUACUCUAUUAUUGCUCAUUGUAGGAUGAUGGUUAAGGGACCUUUGUUUUCCUACUGGAAAUUCAACUAACCCAAUAUAACCUGACCCUGAUUCUCUAACAAGUUUUAGUUAUAUUUUAGCCUCCUCAAGCUUCAGGCAUGAUUACCCAUAUAUGAAAAAUUUUUCUUAAGCCUUAACAAUAAAAAACCUAUUCCAGUGUUUACAGUUUGACUCUGCAGGAACUACAUCUAUUGCUUUAUACAAUAAUUCCUUUCAUUUUUGGCCUGUCAAUUUUGUCAUUAAAUUGAAAAAACAAGAAAAAUUGUAUUUUCUUGCUUGGUGGGUAGACAUCUAUUUAAUUCUUGCAAAGGAGACUAGAGGAAAGUGAGAAGUUAAAUGUAGAGAGGUUACAUUCUGUUCACUUUGGUGGCAAUUUUACCUUUGCAGACUACAGGAGCCUCAAGGUUAACAAGAAGAACUAAGGUCCCCUAACUCCUCAGUCUUCACCUACAAGAAACUGGGCUAUUCAAGGUGGCUCCAUAAAACCUCAGGCUGCUUUUCCUGUAAUUUAUAGUACAACUUGAGGUCUUCACUUGUUUGCAGAGUGAAUUAGGUCAUUAUCAUAUCCAGAACUAGCUAAACCUAAGCCAGUGGGUGGGAUAAAAACUAGGUCUGAUAGAGAGAGUGGGGUCAGCAUCUAAACUUUUUCAGGGCACUUUGCUCACCUGGAUGAAGUACUUGUUGCUGAGAUCACUCUUCACUUAAAUUUCCAGAACAUAGGUAACUUCACAAAAAUGAACAUGGAUAAGUUGUCAGGAUCACUACAAGGCCUUGUUGUAAGUUGCUGCAUUAUGCAUUUUUGGUAAGGUUUCUAUUGCUGAGACUCCUCCACUCACCUCCUAAACUUCAUUGACACCUGUUGUUUUAAGCUCUAUCUACAGAUUCUUUGUACUGGCUGCUAUAAUUUCAAGGUGGCACUACUACAAACUUUAGGUGUCCUAACAGUUGUCAGGCCUUGUCGGAAUUAAGCUGCUGCUUCAAAAAUUUUUGAGAAAUCCACAUGAAAUGCAAGUCAGCUGACACAAAACAGAUUUUACUUUGACCAACAUGUUUUCAUAGGUUUUUAUGGAUAUACCUUCCUCCUCUCCCAAUUUGCAGUUCCUGUAUUUGAUAAAAAUUUAGGGUAUGUCUCCAUUAUUUUACUUAGUAUUAUAAUCAAUAUAUAUAAUCUGAAACAUAAUUUUGUUAUGGUGGGGUUCAACUGCAGUAGGGAUCUUUAGCAUUCUUUAAAAUCUGGUUAUAUCUGAUUUCAGAGCAAUUAACUGUUAACUUUCAAGCCUAUAAAAC